AUGCACAUAGAGGAAAUAAAAAAUAUUGAAAAAGAAUUUAAAGAGUUCUACACUAAUUUUAUACAAAUCGAUAGUAACAUAUUUUGCAUAAAUAUAAAUGCAAAUGAUGAUACAAAAUCGGAUUUUAUAAAUAUUAAUGAAAAUAAUGAAAAUAAUGAAAAUAAUGAAAAUAAUGAAAAUAAUGAAAAGAAUGAAAAGAAUGAAAAGAAUGAAAAGAAUGAAAAGAAUGAUAAUAUUUUAACUCUUGUUAUUAAACUUCAUUCCAAUUGUUUUGAAGUAAUAAACAAAAGUUUAGGAGAGCAAACUAAAUUUUUUGAAAAUAUUGAACAAAUAUUUAAUUUUUUUUGUCCCAUUUCAUUUAAAAAAUAUAUUACUAAAAAUAUAGAAACCACGUUAAUGUCACACUUGUGA